AUGAAACCUGUACUUUCUAAUGCAACAGUUAGUCAAUUAGCUACAAUUAUUGACUCUUCCACAACACCAGAUACUAUAUCACAAAAUAAAGUUAAGAAAACUGUCAAUUUAUUAAUGGAUGCUUAUCAAAGAGAUGAAAAAUCUGAGGAAGAUCUUAUUUAUGAAUUAUUUAAAUUACCAUCAAAAAAUGAAGCAAGUAUUGGUAAAUUAAUAUCUGUUUUAAAAGGAUAUGGUUUAAGAGAAGACGAUCCAAGAUUAUGUCCAAUGAUGGAAAAUAUUAUAAAAAUUGAAGUAGAAAAAGAAGAAAAAUGUAUGGAAAUGAAAGAUCCAAAAACAUGGAGAAUGUCUGAGGCUGAUUUUAGAUUAUGUAUAAGACCAUGUAUUGAUAUUAUAAGUCAAACUCUUCAAAAUAAUUUAAUUAUUCCAUCAUGGAAUACAUUUGUUGGAAAAAUUCGUGAAAUAUAUGAAUUAUGUAAAGAAAUUAAAGAUGGAAAGAUAGCUGAUUAUAUUCCACAAAUAGCUAAAUUUGAACCUGAUAUGUGGGGUGUAUCAAUAUGUACAGUUGAUGGGCAAAGAGUAUCUUUUGGUAAUUGUAAAACAGCAUUCUGUAUACAAUCUGUUUCAAAAGCAUUUAAUUAUGCUAUUGCUGCAUCUGAUUUAGGAGCAGAUUAUGUUCAUAAAUAUGUUGGUCAAGAACCAUCUGGUAGAUUAUUUAAUGAAAUUUGUCUUGAUCAAAAUAAUAAACCACACAACCCAAUGGUCAAUUCUGGUGCUAUUGUCGUAACAUCAUUAAUAAAAAGUUCAUUAAAUAUGGCUGAAAGAUAUGAUUAUAUGCUUAAUAGAUAUAGAAAGAUAUCUGGUGGAGAGUAUGUUGGUUUUAACAAUGCAACAUUCUUGUCAGAACGUGCCACAGCUGAUAGAAACUUUGCUAUUGCAUAUUAUAUGAAAGAAAUGGGCUGUUUCCCACCUGAAACGAAAUGUUUAACAGAAGCACUUGACUUUUAUUUUCAGUUAUGCUCUUUAGAAGCAACAACAGAAAGUGCAGCUGUUAUGGCAGCAACAUUAGCUAAUGGUGGUGUUUGCCCUAUUACCAAAGAAAAAUGUAUUGAAAAUAGACCAUGUAGAGAUGUUUUAUCAUUAAUGUAUUCAUGUGGAAUGUAUGAUUAUAGUGGACAAUUUAGUUUUCAUGUUGGAUUACCAGCAAAAUCAGGUGUAUCAGGUAUAAUGAUUGUUGUUAUACCAAAUCUAAUGGGUAUUGCUUUAUGGAGUCCACCACUUGAUGCAAUGGGAAAUAGUUGUCGAGGUGUUGCAUUUUGUAAAGAAUUAAUAAACCGUUUUAAUUUUCAUAAUUAUGAUAGUUUAGCUCAUUCUGAAAAAGCAAAGAUUGAUCCACGUAAAGGAUUAAGUGAUGUAAAAACUGAUCAAAUUGUAACACUAUUAUUUGCUUCAAAAUCUGGUGAUUUAAAUACAAUUAGAAGAUUAUUUAUGUUAGGUGUUGAUAUGGAUUCAUAUGAUUAUGAUAAAAGAACAGCUUUACAUAUAGCAGCUGCAGAAGGUCAUACAGAUUUAGUUAGAUUUUUAAUACGUGUUGCUAAAGUUGAUUUUAGUCCAAAAGAUCGAUGGAAUAGAACACCUCUUGAUGAUGCUAUACAAUUUAACAAUACAGGUUGUAUAAAUGUACUUAAAGAAGCAAUUACAAAAGGUGGUGAUAUUUCAGCAUCAGCACAAAGUAGUUCAACAGAAGAAUCAGAUAUAGAAGAACCAUCAUACUCUUUUUCACGGAGAAAAGCAAGAUUUUCUAUUUCAAAAAGUUUUCUUUUAAAUACAUCAGAUAUUGAGUAA